AUGAGCUCUUUUGAAACCCCAUCGUCAGCACUUCAAGCAAGUGCAAAGAAGUACCCUGAUCGUGCGGCGUUGAAGAUCCCAACCCGUUCGUCUGAAGGAGUAGUCUUUAAGGACAUCACCUAUACACAGUUUCAAAAGGAUGUUGCGCUAUCGGCGAGAUAUUGGAAGUCUGAGCUUUCUAAGAUCGGAGCUCAGGACAGGGCAGUUGUUGGUGUCUGGCUAAGAGGGUAUUCCUACUCAGACGCAGUUCAUAUCUGGGGUCUCCAUUGGGCUGGCUAUACCCCUCAAAUGAUCUCUCUUCGCUUGAGCGAUCCGUCCGUUGUCUAUGAGCUCUUGCAGACUGGAAAGGCUGUAGCACUGGUACACGAACCGGAAUUUGCCUCGAUGCUUGAUAAUGCUCCUUUGCCACUAUUCACAGGCGGCGACAGCAUCUUCGAACAGAAUUCGGAAGAAUUGCCCUCGGUAAACGCAUGGCAUCCUACCAAGUGGGACGAUGUACUGUUUAUUUAUCAUACCUCUGGGUCGACCUCGGGCAUUCCAAAAUUGGUGCCAUGUACCGCAAAGUGGGUAAACCACGCCAUUAGGGUGUCCGCAGAAUGGGAAGCAAGAGCCAACAAGACUGGAGACCGCAUGGUUAGCUUGCACAUCGGAAGCUUUUGCCACAUGGCCGCAUCCUACGUUUUAUGGUUUACAGUAAGAGAAGGCUCAUGUGUCAUCAUUCCUAGUGCCUUUCCCCAUCUUAUUUCCGAAGUCAAGUAUUGCCUCGAAGAGCAGGGUCUAACAACAGUGAUUCUGUUUCCACCCAUGCUGUCUGCUAUCCUUCGACAAGCCCGUACCGACCCGUCACUUCUUGCCGCCCUGAAGAAGGCGGAUUGCAUAGGCUCUGGCGGCCUUGACCCUGAUCCAGCAGAUGUGGCAUGGGGACGAAGCCAAGGCUUCCACAUGUCAAACGUUCUUGGAUCUACAGAGCUUGGACUACCAAUGAUGACUGACGGUCGAGCGAACGACGACUACCUUCAGCCAUUACCUGGUAAUAAAUAUGAGUUCAUUCCAAUAGGUGACAAGGUGGAGUCUGGCGAACCACUGCUGGAGCUAGUCGUACUUCCCGAUUCACCCGAUUGUCCAGUUCCUGAUCUCUGCGCCGCCGAUGGCAAAUUCUACACUGGAGAUUUGUUCAUCGAGCCCGAGCCCGGUAAGUACCUAUGCAAAGGCCGAAGCGACAACUGGAUUAAGAUGGAAACGGCAUUGCGAUGUGACACCACUUCCAUCGAGUCUAACGUUAUGGACACCUGCGGAAGCGACUUGGUCAGCGCCGUUGUGGUGGUAGGAGUUGGACGCCCAUGCCCCACCAUCAUUGUUGAGCCGAAGGAUGGAUCGGUGACCAGUUCGAGUGAAUCAAUGGAGAAUCUGAGGAAAGAGGUCUUGGUGAGGAUCGCUCCAUUUCAUAGGAGGAGAUAUGAGCACGAGCGGGUGGAUGAUAAACGGUAUAUCGUUGUCGUUCCCCAGGGAACGCUGCCUCGGACUAUCACAAAGGGAAAUGUGCGCCGGAAGGAGGUUGAGAAAGUUUACACCAAAACGUUGGAUGCAUUGUACGGAAAGCAAACGGUUGCGCAGGGAUAG